AUGGUAGCAACGCGCAAGGGACAAUCAGCAACGACUCAACCGAUCCCUAAUCUCGGGAGCAAUCCCGUUAUGACCAACCAAGAGCGUUACCCGUACGGAAUGCCUCAAACACAAACCGAACCCGUGAUACAAGAGGUUCAGCCUAAUACCGAUCAUGCCCAGCCCGACCUCCAAGACGACUUGCGCGCAUUGCGCGAAGAAAUGGCCGUUAUCCGAAGACAAAGAGAAGCCAACGCUAGGGAGUUGGCCGAACUGCGCCGCCAGAACGCCGAGCUUCGAAGCCUCAACCAGACAUAUGCGCCGACAACUCCCACUCUCCAGGAGGAAUCGGCGUAUCAUGCCCCGACCGACCAUGUAACUCGAACACCGGCCACCUCUUUGGUGGCCAACAAGGCCGACACCCAUACUCACUCCCUGAGGCAUCCUUUCUCUCGAAGAAUAAUGGAGGCAACCCUAUUGGACCACUGGAAAAGUAUACCAAUCGACAAGUAUGAUGGGUCAACCGACCCCGAGGAACACUUGAAUGUUUUCUUGACUCAAGCACCCCUCUCCACUCAAGACGACUCGGCUCUGUGUCGAAUAUUUCCCACGUCACUGAAGGGUAGGGCUUUGAGUUGGUUCACGAGGCUGCCGAACUCCUCCAUUGAUUCAUUUAGCGAGUUAUCAUCCCAAUUUACCCUGCAAUUCGCGACGAGUAAGCCGUACAGGACGACCUCGUUGGCUUUGGCGGGGAUUCGGCAAGAGAAGAAGGAAAGUUUGAGAAGCUUUAUGGACCAGUUCAACAAAAUCGCCAUGGAGAUAGGUGAUCUUAACCCGGCCGUGGCCUUGGACCGGCUGAUCACCGCUCUAAAGUCGGGGCCCUUUGUGAAUAGCUUAUGUAAGAAACCACCGGUCGACAUGAAUGAUCUCCGGCGCCGAGCCGAGAAGUAUAUGCAAAUGGAGGAGCUGGCGGAGACCCGAAACCAAGCUAGGGUUGAGGAAACUUACAACAGGAAGGAACAAGACCAGGAGCCCAUGAAAAAGACAAAUACCGACCCCUCGAAUGCUCGUCCACCGAGAGGAUCGCGCUACACAGCGUAUACUCCUCUCAAUGCGAGCAGGGCCAAGGUAUUGGAGCAGGCCCUAGCAUCUGAAAUACUAGUGAUGCCCAAGCGGGCGAACACACCUCCAAGGGCCGACACAGCUAAGUCGUGCCGAUUCCAUCGAAAACGGGGCCACUCAACAGAAGAAUGCUCAGCGUUAAAGGAUAAACUUGAGGACCUCAUCAAGCAAGGUCACCUCGAAAAAUUUGUGAGACCACAAGAUCAAACAAGAGGGAGAGAUCAACGCCCUCGAGAGGUACCAAUGACUGGACACCGACGCCACAGGUCUCGAUCAACCAAGAGGAGAGAUCACACACGAGGUUCCCAUGAAGACAACAAUCGGCCGAGGAAGAUAAUAAACACAAUAGCCGGAGGUUUCGCUGGGGGAGUUUCCACAUCUUCCGCCCGGAAAAGACAUCUCCGAGCUGUACGAUCGGUAAAUAGCGUUAAUCAGCAGAGAACACCGAAGAUGCCUCCGAUCACUUUCUCUGACCGAGAUUUCCGUGGCGUCGAUCCCGUCCAGGACGACCCCAUGGUAAUUUCCAUGGAGAUGCAUAAUUGCAUCGUGAAGAAGACAUUGGUCGACCAGGGGAGCUCUGCCGACAUAUUGUACUGGAACACGUUUAAGCAACUCGAGAUCCCAGAAGAAAGCCUAGAACCAUACCACGAGCCUCUAGUAGGAUUCUCGGGCGAAAGAGUGAUGACGAGAGGGUGCAUCGACUUGUACACUCUCUUCGGAUUCGACCAGAAGUCCUCGAGAGAGAUUAAAAUCCGAUACAUCGUGGUGCAUGCGAACACAUCAUACAACAUCCUACUGGGCCGACCCUCAAUCAAUGCUCUAGGAGCAAUUGUCUCGACCCCCCACCUGUGCAUGAAAUUUCUGUCGAGAGACGGGCAAGUAAUCACUGUGCAUGCCGACCAGAAAAUAGCAAGGGAGUGCUACCUCUCUAGCUUGAAAGUGCAGCCCAUCUCCGACCCCCCGACGACGACAAAAGGUGUGAAUGCGGUCAGACAAGAGAUGACCGACGGCAUCGACCUCAACCCUCGGUUAGGGGAAGACGAGCGGAUCGAAGCCGCCAAAGACCUAGUCCCAUUCCAGCUUGGUCGAGUACCCGAACAGGUCACACAUUUGGGGUCCCAAUUGAGUGAAAUCGAUGCGAACCAGGUGAAGCGAGCAGUCUGA